GACACUACGGCCGUCCAAUUGCCGCUAAUGGCACCACUCCAACGCGUAUCCGCUUAAUCAUCUCUUAAGACAAGAACAGGUCCCAGUUUAUCUCGUGCUCUGUGAGGUAUUGGUAUGCUUAUCCAGUGACAAGUUUAAAGACAUAAUUUCAAGUAAUUGUGACGAAAUUCCAAAAUGCGGUUAAGUUGCCAUCGAAAUGUUACAAAGCUUUAUUAAUAAACAGGAAGCCCAGUGUUGUGUAAAAUAAAUUAAGCAAAGAAACCAAGAUGGACUAUAACAGCAAAUUCAUAAUAAAUAUUUCACGUCCAAAUACUCGAUGCCUUUAACCUGUAUACAGAUACAAAUAUAAAUAUUAAUUAUAAUGAACGGAAUCAGUGUAACCUCAGAUAAAGUUGGCGUGGAAGUGGAGACCAAGGAGAAAUCGAAACCGAAGAGAGCAAGCAUAAGGGAGAAGCUGAUGCAGAUAAAAUCAAACAUAACAGUAGAACCGAUUAUAGCUUGUUACAUUAUGUCAAAUGUGUUCUCUGGACUUGCAGUUCAAAAUUUAAAUUUGGAGAAGGCAUGUCGAGUCAAUUUGGGCUACAGCGACGAAAUAUGCUCCGCUUUGAACAGAAGGCAAACAGAAAAUUACACAAUGGAGGAGGCGGAAGUGCAAAAGUUAACAGCAUCAGUACAAGCUUGGAAAAAUAUCGUUCAAACCGCGUUUCCUUGUAUUUUAGUGUUAUUUGUUGGCUCGUGGAGUGACAAAACAGGAAGACGGAAAGCGUGCAUUCUUUUACCGAUCGUCGGUGAAGUCCUUUGUUGCACUAGUUUCAUUCUGAACACAUACUUCUUUUACGAAUUGCCGUUGGAGGUCACGGCUCUCUCAGAUUUAUUUCCGUCGUUAACCGGAGGCUGGAUUACCGUCUGCGUUGGUGUAUUCAGCUACAUCGGUGACGUAACGACGAAAGAAAUGAGGACAUUCAGAGUGGGAGUAGCCAAUUUAUGUAUGUCCCUCGGAAUACCGAUCGGAAUGUCUCUGAGUGGCAUACUUUUGCAACAGAUUGGAUAUUAUGGUAUCUUCCUGAUAUCGAAUUGCCUUUAUGUAACUAGCCUUAUCUACGGAUAUAUACGCUUAAAGGACCCGGUCAUAUCUCAAGAUCGUCAAAUUGAACAACCAGUAGGUUGCCGGGGAUGGGUGUGCUCAUUCUUCGACGCGCGUCACGUCAGGGAAACGCUGACUGUUGCAUUCAGGAGUGGACCCCGCCGGAGACGGCUUAGAGUUUCGCUCUUGAUUGUUGUCGUUUGCGUUAUAUUUGGACCAUUACAUGGUGAAAUGAACGUACUGUAUCUCUUCAUGAGGUACAGAUUCAACUGGGAUGAGGUGCAGUUCAGCAUGUUCUGCACCUACAGCAUCAUCACAAACUUAGUCGGUACAUUGUUCUCUAUCAGUAUAUUUAGUGACUUCAUGAAGCUUGAUGACACCGUGGUUGGUAUCAUCUCCUGCACCAGUAAGAUCCUCGCCUCCUUUAUCUUCGCUUUCGCAUCAACUACUACUGAGAUAUACAUCGCGCCCCUCGUAGAAAUAUUCAACGGAACUUCGUUCAUUGCGAUGCGGUCUAUUGCAUCAAAGUUGGUUACGAGUGAAGAGUUGGGUAAAGUAAACUCGUUAUUCGGGUUAGCAGAGGCUAUGAUGCCAUUGGUAUAUGGCCCGCUGUACUCAAGAGUGUAUAUGGCAACGUUGAACGUAUUACCUGGAGCGGUGUUUCUACUGGGCGCUGCUAUGACGGUCCCAGCUGUUGCUAUUUUUGGGUGGAUGUAUUUCGAACAAAGAGAAGAUAAUAAAUCAGUGGAUGAAGUUGACAAUUUGAAUAAAGAAGUUUAGUGAUGGCUCUUACUGUGUGAUUUAAUUGUGUA